AUGAUUGUCUUCCAGAACAAAAUCAUCUAUAUGCCUUCAGCCCCACCGUUCUCCAGAUCCGAAAAAGUUGGCGAUUAUGCAUUGCAUUGUAAGCCUGUGGCAUGGGUAGAACAUGACCUCAAGGCGGCAGAUGGAACUGCGAUCAAGAUCUUAGAGGGCUCAGUGAAAGCUCCUACCGAAACCGAGGUGAAUGAUCAUAUUGUUGUUCUGUAUUUUCAGGGGAACGCAUCGUCGCUACCGCCUCGGCUUCCCUAUCUUUCAAGCAUCUUGAAAACCUUGUUGCAACAGGAAACCGGAAAGAAGUACACCAUUGUGGCUUUGUCUUAUCGCGGUUUCUGGAAAUCAAAGGGUAGCCCAUCCCAAACCGGGAUCGAGCUGGAUGCCGAGGCGGCGUUGGAGUGGGUGCUCGGUCGCUACGACAGUGAUCGAACCAGAUUCGUGGUCUGGGGACAGUCCAUUGGUGCAGGAGUUGCAACUGUGAGCCUUGCAAAUCUAUUGAGACACGGCAGCGCAAGCCUGCAACGAUUCUCAGGGCUCCUCCUCGAGACACCUUUUGUGGAUUUGAGAGCAAUCCUCAUUGCUCUUUAUCCACAAAAAUUUCUCCCUUAUCGAUAUCUGGGCCCCUUCCUGCAGUCGACAUGGGAUAGCAAGACUGCUCUUAAUCAGAUCGGGAGGAGUAGGUCAAAUAUGAGGGUGUUGAUUUUGGAAGCAGGUAACGACGAGAUCGUGCCUUCAGGACAAGCGGCCACCUUGGAGCAGGUCUGUAGAGAAGAAAACCUGGAAGUGGAUCGAAAAACAGUUGCUGGGGCUUUGCACACCGAGGUAAUGGUCAAAAGCCAGGGCCGCAACCACAUUGUGAGGUUUCUUCAAUCCAUCUAA